AGCUCUUGCUCCUUCUCCUGCUUGCUGCGUGAGACUGAGUAACUGCUAGAUCCUUGGACUUCCAUUCACAGCUGCGACUGAACAAUUGUUGGGAAUUGGACUGCCGACUAUAAGUCAUCAAUAAAUUCCUUUACUAUCUAGAGACUAUCCAUAAGUUCUGUGACUCUAGAGAACCCUGACUAAUACAAUAACUUAGGUAGAAAAGUGCUCUGAACUCACACAGGAAUAGAGAGAUAUGGGAGGGUCAAAAAGUGAGAGUGAAGACCAUCUGUGCAAUAGCAGAUCCUAAGGAACAUGAAUGACCUCACAUGGAGAAUUUGAACUGUCAUGGCAAUGUCCCUCCAUUCAAGCAGAGAUUAAAGAAGCUUUGAGAAAAGAAGGAGGCUGAGAGCCAAGCUGCAGCAGGCCGUUCAGAAGGGGCAUCUUGAAGAGAACUCCUGGCUCUAGAGGAAGCCACACCUUCAGCUGGAGGCCUAUAUAAGAACACGGAGGAAGAAAGUUUUCACUUUGCCUGCCUGCUCCCUCCUGGCUAGCAAGUCGAUUACUUCCCUAGCAGUAGAGCCUCCUUGCGUGUGGUUCCAUCUUCUACUGAAGACCAGCUGAGACAUCAAGCCUCGGGAACUGAGAACUUCUGGAUUCUUGGACUUUGCUUCCUAUCCAGCUCUUGAGGAGUAAGUUCAACUGCAGCCUAAGGUGGAGGACUUAUCCUCAGGGAUCCAUGGAUAAAGCCAAGAAGAUGAUGCAGUCCUUUUCCGGUUUUGUCAAGGAUACAUCAGAUACUGAAGAACAUGCACUGCCCAAUGCACAGGUCUUGCCAGCCCUGAGUACAAGGUGUUCCAAGUCUGAGACACUUUGUUUCAGCAAAGAGCAAAGCCACUGCUCUGAGGAUGGCUGGAUUGCCGAAUGGGAUCUAUACUCCUUUUGUGUAUUUGAGAGUGUGGACUACCUGAGAUCCUACCACAGAUUGAAUUCUGCCAUGAAGAAGGGCACAGAGGUCUUCCAGAGUGAGAGUCAGAGGAAGCCACAAGUGUCCCCAGGAGAUGUGGAAAACUACAAAGAUACAGAGGAGCCAGACCAACCCUUCCCAAGCUUGCUCAGGGAGAAAGGACUGGAUCUUGCAACCUGUGAUGGUGGAGACUGCCCUGACCAGGAUCCUGUUUCUGAUAAUUCCAGGCACCUAGGCUGCUGGGCAUGGCUUCAAAGGGCUUUUGGCCAGAAGAAGAAGUGAGAAAGGCACUAAGAACUGUGUUUGGAGCCCAUCAACCCUGAUGCCUGCUAAGACUUGCAAUUAGGGAAUCUUCUGUCAGCUCCUGCUGUUACAGCAAAGGCAUACACGAGGCAGUUGUGUCUUUGCGGACAUCUGGGUUUUGGUUGUGUUUGUUUAUUUGUUUGUUUACAGCUCUCUUAAUAAAAGUGUUAAAAAGCUG